AUGAGUUUUGAGAAUAUCCCACCAAUUAGUGAUUUCAAGGUUCAGAGAGGCUGUGGAGCUGAAGCGAAGCGUGUUGCGCUUAGGCUUAAAGAUUUUAAUUAUGAGACAUCAGAUAUUUGGAAAGUUCUUAAGCUUAAAUUUUCCUCUGGUAUCACUCAUAGCGAACUUAAAAGUAUUGCUGGUAUCUGCUCAUUCAUGCUUGGAAUUAAAUUAGAUAGAGAUGCCAGCAGAGAUAACAGAGUCCUCAUCAAGUGGUUUGAUGAGAAUUGGGAUAAAAUAAAAACAAUCAUUGAUAAGGUUCACCUUAGAGAUGAAAAAGAACAAAUCAUUAACCAUGAAAGAGAAAUCAGAGAAAAUUCGUUGAAAUAG